AUGUUCGUACAAAUUGUGGCUUUCGUUACCGCAACUGGACCAACCUCUGAAUAUACACCUGCCCGAACCACUCCGGCAGAACAAAUGGCGUUGAUUGUGCACAACCCACCGAAUCUUCCUGUUCCUGGGCCAGAGCCUAUAGUUUCAACCACAACUGCGACCAGUGAUACUGAUGUAAAUAUGGGAUCCAAAGGGGCCGAGAACGGUGACAACGCAGUGGAUACUGAUCAGUUGCAACCUGUCGAUGAUGUGAGCGGUUUCGAUACGCUGGACACAGCUGAAGGUGAUAUCGGGGUGAUCUCAAGCCACACUAGCAAUAUUGUCAAAAGCCAGUGA